CUUUUUACGUUUACCACACAGGGCUCAGGCUCAGGGCUGAAGAGCCGUCUGCUGUUCCCCCUGCUGUCGAUGCUGGACGUGUCGUGCAACCUGCUGCGGUCGGUGCCGCCCGCCAUCCACGCGCUGGCCGGGCUCUCCGUGCUCAACAUCAGCGGGAACAAGGAAAUAACCGACCUCCCUCCACAAAUGGGUCUCCUAUCCCGCCUAUGGAACCUGAACGCUAGCGGUUGUUCGCUCCAAGAGCCUCUCCGCUCCAUGCUUCGUGGCGGGCGUUACAAGAGCGCCGACGUCGUCGGAUACUUGAAGUCGGUGCUGCAGGAGGCGCGGCCGUACACCAAUAUCAAGCUUAUGUUCGUGGGGUUACAGGGCAUCGGCAAGACAAGCUUACUGGAAUGCUUGCGCCAGGAGUCUGCCAUACAUCAUCGAAGAAAACCGACAGAUCACUGGGCCAAGCGCAUGGGCAACAAGACACCCAGGCGUGGGAACCUCUCAACCGUGGGCGUGGACAUCGGCACGUGGGUGUACGAGAAACAUCGCUCCACGCGUGGGCCCGUCACCUUUCGCACGUGGGACUUCGGCGGCCAGCAGGAGUACUAUGCAACACACCAAUACUUCCUGUCCCGCCGGUCGUUAUACUUGGUCGUAUGGAAAGCAACCGACGGCCGCAAUGGCCUCGCCGGCGCUAUCGAGUGGCUCAGGUCGAUACAAGCGCGCGCCCCCGGUUCACCCGUCAUCAUGGUUGCUACGCACUACGACCAAGUUGCCAAUGACAACACGGACACACCGGUGAAGGGCUUGAAUGACGAAGGUUCUAAUCCAGGCCAAGCUAAGAGUCAAGAAUACAGCCCCAGCGGUGAUACGUCUGAAAUAAACGUCAACUGGGGUAAAGAGUUGGUCGCAGCGAUAAGUGCACUGCGGGACGAAACAAAGAACCUGCGUGAGGAAAUAUCCAACCUGCGUAUCGAAUUAGGAGAAAUUAAAACUGAGCUUUCGACAUGCAAGUCAAAUGUAAGGGAAAUCUCCAAAUCCGUAGCUGCCUUGGACCAGCGAAUAGGUGCCCUGGAGAACCAGCAAAAGCCUGAGGGCUCAAAUGUGGGACUGGAACUGACAAUCACUGAACUCAAAAACGAGAUUGAUAAUCGGGAUCAGCUAUUAUUAUCGAACGAACUCGAGAUAUCGGGAAUCACAGAGAAUGAACAUGAAAGCCCGCUCCAUAUCGUGAAAACAAUUGCUUCUAAGAUUGGCGUUGACAUACAAGACCAAGAUGUGGCAGAUGUGUUCCGGUCGGGUCCGCGACGCUUAAUCGCCGAUAGCAGCGAUAACGCGGCGAUCUCUGUCUACAACCGAUAUGGGCUUGCCGGGCCCGCGGUCCAAUAUUUAUUUGAAUGA